AUGAAGUCAACUAAGUUACCAGACGGCCACGGAAGUCUCUACAAAGAAGUGCGCUUCUCUCCGACACAAACCCCUAUUCGUCGCACAAAAUCGGUUUCGGCCACUAUUCCUACACUCAACGGACGAGGCGCCCGAUCUGUCCAAGGGACUCUGUUCACCAUGGACACAGCCUACAUCGACCAAUCGCGGGCCCUCCUCGAGAGUCAACGAUUACACUUCGAGAGUGAAAGAUCACUGUUUGCGCAGGAAAGAAGGUUGUGGGAUAAGGAACGGGCGCUGUUACGAUCGAGAAUCGCCGAGUUGGAGUCAUCACUCAAGAGCCAAGGACACAAAACAGAUAAAUUGGGACCGGAGGCUGCCAUGCUAGUGUUGGGCGCGUCGCAGUUGAACGGCAACAACUUCACGGCACAAGUGUGGGAGGGGUCAAGUCCAGGUAGUCGGCCAACAAGGGUAUUCCGCGAUCACUCCCCAGAUCAAAGUCGCCUGUUGCCGAUCUCCGAAGGGAAUGGGAUGAAUCCGCCGUCCCUUGAUCGGGCCCUUUCAGCCCAAUCGCAGGUCGACGUACCGAGUCUGCCCGUGCCGAUCGAGAAGCUUGACAGCACGUUGGAUGGCAUUACGCUCAAGUCUACUGCGUUGCCACCUGGGGUCGUCGCUCGAGUGAUCACCCCGCCCUCGCCGUCGCCCCUGGUAACCUCCCCUGGAACCGCCCCUUCAACGGCUGUAAGGCCCGGCAUGGAACAUCGAAACAGUCUCAAACUGAAGCUGUCAGAACUCGGCCGGCCCAAUGAGAAUUUACUCCGCGAUGCAGGUCACACUCCGAUGGCGAUCAUCGAGGUAGAUGAGAGCCGACAAUCCACAAAGGAAGGGUCUCCCCUCGAGGUUCCCUUGGAGAACGAGGAAGAUCCUGUCGCGCCCGUGGCAACCAAUGUCCAGCAACCUGCUGAGAACAAGAUGUCCUACUUUCCGGAUGUACCAGACGAUCCCGCUCUCAAGGGGCCCCUCGGUCUCAUUAAUGAGGAAGAACAUGACUCCAGUUUUUUGAAUGAAUUAGAUCAGAAACUCCUUGAUCAGGCGAAGAAUAUCCUAGGCAACUCGGUUGAAUCGGCUGAUCCUAACGAAACCGACCCUGAAUUGCCCAACCAAAACGAAAACGAGCCUGAGUUCAAGUUCAAGAAAUCUACCAACUUUGGUACAGCAUUUGGAAUGUCGAAUGUCGGUCAAAUCUGA